UCCACGACAUUACACAAACACUCUUACUGCACACACUCUAACACACACGCACACACACAUACAGUACACACAGCAGUUAUUUCCUCUUAGAUCUCAAGCUGUCUAAAACUGUUUUUCUUGUGGAUGUUUACACAGCCCACAGCUGCUCUGGAGAAGGUCAUAAAGGAUAAAUAGCAGAGAGAGACAGAAGAACAGGACAUUUAAAAACAUAUUUCCGUUCUUUUUUUUUUUUUGGUUGGGGAUUUGCAAGGCUGUUUGGAGAGUAAGUGAAAUUGGGACCGAGUUGGUUUGACAGCCACCCUUGAGGGGACAGGUUGUCAUGGUAACUGACCACGGUGGGCUGACCCUAGCAUGCUGGAUGGUGAAAGGAACUAGAGUGACCCUAUCAAGCCACUGAAAGUGACGGUGAAGAAGGAGAGCACAGGGAGAGGAUGGAGGACAGCUUUUCCAGCUACAGCUCUCUCUAUGACACAUCCUCAUUGCUGCAGUUCUGUAAUGAUGACAGUGCCUCGGCGACAAGCAGCAUGGAGGUGACAGACCGACUCGCAUCUCUGGAGCAGCGUGUUCAGAUGCAGGAGGAUGAGAUUCAGCUGCUGAAGUCAGCGUUAGCCGAUGUGGUGAGGAGACUCAACAUCUCAGAGGAGCAACAGGCCAUGCUGAGCAGGAAGGGACCAACCAAAGCCAGGCCAAUGAUUGCAACACUGCCAUUGAAGCCCACAGUCCACAAUGGUAACAUCCUACCAAAGAAAAGUGCCAUUCUGCUCUCACCCUCAGGCUCCAAGAAAGACAACACACCAGCGACCAAAAGCACUGUGAAAAGAACAAGCUCUUCAGAGCAAGUGGGUCCUAGCAGUAGGAAAGAAAGUGGAGGUGAAGCCAAGAGCAACCGCACACGCACUGCCUCAACUGGAAGCAACUCAAGUGGCAAGAGAACCAGUGAGAGUAAACAGAAGGAGCCUGUGUUCUGUGCUGGGAUGCGACGCGUGACACACUGCAAAGAUGAAGGGUAUGUCAAAAUGUAUUUGAAAGGAAGACCCAUCACUAUGUACAUGCCAAAAGAGCUGUUGGACACAUACUGCCUAGAAGAAAAAGCUGAUCUGCCUCCCAAAAAACUGAAGUUAGACUGGGUUUAUGGCUACCGGGGCCGUGACUGUCGGUCCAAUCUCUACCUGCUCCCCACUGGAGAGACGGUUUAUUUUAUUGCCUCUGUGGUGGUGUUGUACAACGUAGACGAACAGCUGCAAAGACACUACACUGGGCAUACCGAUGACAUCAAAUGCCUAGCUGUCCAUCCUGAUAAAAUCACCAUAGCAACAGGACAAGUGGCUGGAACCACCAUGGAUGGCAAGCAGUUAGCUCCUCACGUCCGUGUUUGGGACUCUGUGAGUCUAAACACACUUCAUGUUCUUGGAGCUGGCUUUUUUGACAGGGGUCUUGUGUGCCUCUCCUUCUCUAAAUCGAAUGGUGGGAGCUGGUUGUGUGUAGUAGAUGACUCCAACGAUCAUGUCCUUUCAGUAUGGGACUGGCAACGAGAAGAGAGACUUGCUGAAGUUAAGUGCUCCAAUGAGUCCAUUUUUGCUGCUGAUUUCCAUCCAACAGAUGCAAACAUAAUUUUAACAUGUGGGAAGUCCCACCUUUGCUUUUGGUCACUAGAAAAAGGCUCCCUUCUAAAAAAACAGGGUUUGUUUGAGAAACAAGAGAAGCCGAAGUUUGUCUUGUGUGUGACGUUUUCAGAAAAUGGUGAAGCUAUCACUGGUGACUCCAGUGGAAAUAUACUUGUGUGGGGCAAAGGCUCUAAUCGCAUUAGUUUGGCCAUUCAGGGUGCACAUGAAAGCAGCGUGUUUGCUCUGUGCAUGUUGAGAGAUGGCACGUUGGUUUCGGGUGGGAAAGACCGUAAGCUCACAUCAUGGGAUGGAAACUACCAGAAGAUUCAUAGGGUGGAGGUUCCUGAAGUGUAUGGGCCUAUUCGCACCAUUGCUGAGGGGAAAGGAGAAACUAUUCUCAUUGGAACAACCAAAAACUACAUCUUGCUUGGCAAUCUGAAUGGUGAAUUCACCUCCAUUAUACAGGGUCAUACUGAUGAGUUAUGGGGCUUAGCUGUGCACCCACUAAAGCUGCAGUUCCUGACCUGUGGCCAUGAUAAACAGGUCUGUCUGUGGCACUCAGCAUCCCAUCAGCCACUCUGGACCAAGACCCUGGAGGAUGCUGCUCAGUCUGCUGGCUUCCACCCCUCUGGGGCAAUUGUUGCCAUAGGAACACAGACAGGCAGGUGGCUUGUUCUGGAUACAGAAACUAAGGAUCUAGUCACAGUCCAUACAGAUGGGAAUGAACAGCUCUCAGUUAUGCGUUUUGCUCCAGAUGGCAAUUUCCUUGCCAUUGGGUCACAUGACAAUUACAUCUACAUUUAUGCUGUAGCUGAGAAUGGCAAGAAAUACAGUCGAGUGGGAAAAUGCUCUGGUCACUCCAGUUUCAUUACUCAUCUAGACUGGUCUAUAGACUCUCAGUACCUGGUGUCCAACUCUGGAGAUUAUGAGAUCCUUUACUGGAUCCCCUCUGUGUGUAAACAAGUAGUGAGUGUGGAAACUACCCGAGAUAUCCCAUGGGCCACCUUUACCUGCACACUGGGCUUUCAUGUGUUUGGCUUGUGGCCAGAUGGCUCUGAUGGGACAGAUAUUAAUGCAGUGUGCAGUUCCAAUGAGAAGAGACUUCUCGCCACGGGGGAUGAUUUUGGAAAAGUGCACCUUUUCUCUUUCCCCUGCUCUCAAUCCAGAGCUCCUAGUCAUGUCUAUGGUGGUCACAGCAGUCAUGUCACCAAUGUUAACUUCCUGUUUGAUGACAGCCACUUGGUGUCCACUGGAGGAAAGGACAUGAGUGUAAUGCAGUGGCGUGUCAUAUAAACAACUACUGACAUUGUAUGUGGAAAUGGAUUGGGAAAAUUCCCAUUACUAUCAGAUUGAAAUGAAGGAGUGGCAGUCAUUUGAAGGCAUAUCAUAUAUAAUUAGGUGAGGCAGGCAUGUUAAGCUAUUGUUUGCUAUGUGCUAAAACACAAAAUAUGCUUACUGUCUCAUCAGCCAUUAGGAGCACAUUCUGCAAACUCAACAAACAAAAUUACCUUGAAGUGAUGACAUGAACAACUUUUUUCCACGUGAUGCAUUUUGUGAUGCCAAAGCUGACAAAUUUACAUUGAAACUGUUACAGCAGACAUGGUAUAUGUCUCCACCUUCUGGCCUCAAUAAGUAUUGCAGCCACUCCUCUGUGAUUGAAUUUUAGUGCUAAUGUACAGAAUGAUUGUCUCUGAACUUCCUGAACUGAUCUCAGCUUUCACUCUUCCUUUGAAGAGGCAUUGUGUAUAUUAAACAGCAUGAAUUUACCAAACACAGCAAUGGCACUGUGAUCAAAAUAACCCCACAUUUAUACCAAAAUAAUGCAUGAAACCCCUUUUAGACAACACUACAGCUAAUAGGUCAUAGUUAGGGUGCUAGUCUCCUCAUUUUCUAAUAAGUGUGCUUUAAUAAGACUUAAUGAAGUGUCUUAAUUAACUGCAAGUUAAUGAAACUGCAUUCCUUAAGUAUUUAUGAGAUAUAAUUUUAUUAUUUCCCAGAGCAUAACACUACAAAAUGUGGUUUUGUUCUAGGAGGGGUUCAAAACUUAUGCAAUACAUGAUAUUCGAUUCAUUUCUAUCGUCUCCAGGAGAAAAGUGUUACCAUGUUGACUAGACUAAACAGUACUAACAUUACUUUUUAUUAAAACCAACAAAUCUAGCAAUGCAAUGUAAUUCUUUUUAAAUACUCUAUGAGGAACUCUCUCCACUGCUUAAUAAGUAUAAACACACUUCAUUUUUUUUGCACUGAAAGAGAAUGAGAAACUCAUCAGGGUUUUUAAUGACUGUAGUUUGUAUAUUAAAAAUAGUUUUAGCAUGCACAUAGUUGGUUGACUGUAUUUUUUAAGCAUUUUUCAUUCAGAUUUUGAUUUUCCAACUGAUUGGCCUGUAGCACAAUGGCAAAUUGUGAUUUCAGAUUUUGGUUUUUAACAUUGAGGGAUGGAAUUGAACAUUACGAAUGAAUGAAUCAGUAGCCAUGAUGGUAUUAGGCGUGUAUCUGGCUUGUAUGAACAGGUAACAAUGAUUACAGAAUGUUUAAUAAAAUGUAAAAAUCUGGCAUCAUUCUAAACAUUAUCACCUUCAAUCACUCAUAUUAAAUUCAUUCAAAUCUA